AUGCGGCAUCUCAUCAUUAUCAUAGGAUUUCUUACACCUGGACUGAUCAGCCUCUCCUGCAAACCUCGUGCUGGUGGAACGCCAGUACCUAUCGGAGUUUUUCUGAGCAGCAAAUUGCCUGCUCACUCACUUGAUCAGAGACCUUUCGAUGCUAAACCAGCUAUAAAAUUAGCUCUAAACUAUAUUCAAAACCACUCUUGUAUUCUGGAUGGCUACAAAUUAGAACUGAUUUACAAAGAUACACAGUGUAAAACGUCGCUUGGAAUGAAGGCUCUGUUUGAUCUGAUAGCCUCGCGUCCUCGCCCAGUGGCUCUGUUCGGAGGAAUGUGUACGGAGGUAAACGAGCCCGUCGCAAUGGCCCUCAAGUACUGGCAAGUGGUGCAGCUCAGUUACGCAGAGACCCAUGCAAAAUUUGGUACUGCAGAUUCUCAAGAGCUGUACCCGACAUUCUUUCGGAUAGUCCCUGGAGACCGGAACCUAAACAACGCAAAGUGCCGUCUGAUCAAUCACUUCGGUUGGAAGAAGGUCGGCACCUUGAAGCAAAGCGAUGAGCCUCGACAUGCUUUGCCACACGAAGCGCUUACCACAAAACUGGAGCAUGGCUACGGUAUCAAAGUGCUCUACACCGCUGGCGUCACAAAACAUGAAAUGGACAACAUCGGCAAUGAACUUGACGAGCUGAAAAAUCGUGAUGUCCGCAUACUUGUUGUCGACAUUGCCGAAGAUUUAGCGGCAUACGUGCUCUGUGAAGCGUUUCAUCGCCAAAUGUAUGGCGAGAGCUACUUAUGGAUUCUGCCGGGAUACCACUCGACAGCGUGGAUGGGUGUGGGCGCUGCGAACUGUACAAGUGAAGAUCUGAACCUUGUGCUGGAAGGCCAUUUUGCUGUAGAGUUCGCGUUGGUCAGAAAGGACAAUCACACUCACGUCAUUGGCGGAAAGCGCGCAAACUAUAUUUGGUCAGAACUCGAGAGCGAGUCCCCAAACAUUUGGCAAGGGUAUCUCUAUGAUGGUCUCUGGACGCUAGCGAUCGCCCUCAGUCAAGCUCUCGGUGCUAAUGCGUCUUUCUCUCAUAUGAAGCUGCUUUCUGCGAUCAACAACAGUUCCUUUGAGGGUGUUACGGGACGUGUUCGCUUCGAAAACAACGAACGACUGGGCCUUGUGGAUAUCCGCCAAUGGAAGAACGGCGCCUAUGAAGAUGUUGGCUACUACGAUGGCGCCAGUGACGUUUUCAACAUGAAAAGUGAUUUGGGAGGCUGGGAACCGCCUCUCGACGCUACAGUGAUCGAGAGAAGGAGAGAAUACAUAUCCAAUUUGCUGUUCGUCGUCAUGUCAUUCCUUGCGUUCAUCGGCAUUUCACUCGCUUUUAUUUUCCUAUUCUUCAACAUCAGAUACCGGAAUCAUAGGUUCAUUAAAAUGUCAUCGCCAAAUCUGAACAAUCUGAUCAUCGUUGGUUCCAUGUGUACUUUUGCGUCAGUGGUGUUGCUCGGCAUAGAUACUCGCAUUCUGUCAAAUGACAACUUUGUCAAACUAUGUUAUGUCAAGUCAUGGACGCUGUGUUUGGGCUUUACCCUCGCUUUUGGUUCAAUGUUUUCAAAAACAUGGCGAGUACACUCGAUAUUCACCAACAUCAGAAUGGAUAGGAAGGCGAUCAAGGAUUCAAAGCUGCUGCUGAUUUUGGCUGGAUUGUUAUUCGUCGACAUACUGGUGCUGACUCUCUGGGCUGUCAUCUCUCCAUUCCGCAUGUCCGUUAUGGAGCUACCGCAGUUGCACUUCGACGAUAAAGUAGUGAUACCGGAAAUCGAGAAAUGCCAAUCAAACCAUUCAGCAGUUUUCCAAGCCGUCCUCUAUGCAAUCAAAGGAGUACUUAUGAUUCUUGGAUGUUUCUUGGCCUGGGAAACAAGACAUGUCAAUGUGCCAGCAUUGAAUGACAGCAAGUACAUAGGAAUGAGUGUGUACAAUGUGGUUGUGAUGAGUACUCUCGGCUUAUCAAUCAGCGUUAUUCUACAGGUAGGGGUUUUAAGGUAA